GCACUCGUGUCGGCCAACAAGACCAACGACGAUGAGGACAGAAAGCUAUUUAUUGGUGGCUUGAGUUGGGACACACAGGAGAGUGAUCUGAAGGAUUAUUUCGGUACUUAUGGAUCAGUAGUUGAUGUCAGCAUUAAAUACGAUGCCGUUUCCGGUAAUCCGAGAGGUUUUGGUUUCAUUACUUUCGCUAAUGAGGACGCGAUCGACAAAGUUUUUAAGGCGGGCUCUCAUACCAUCAAAAACAAAACAAUUGAUCCCAAGAGAGCGAAGUCGAGACCUAUUUGUAAAAAGAUUUUUGUCGGAGGAAUUGAUUCCAAUAUGACUGAAGAAGAUAUUAAGAAAUAUUUCCUCAAAUAUGGAACCGUCGAAGGCAUUGAACUGCCAUUCGAUAGGCAGAGGAACAGACGGCGAGAGUUCUGUUUCAUAAUCUUCGACACCGAAGAGGCGGCCGAACUGGCGGUGAAAGAGGCGAAACAGACGAUCGGCAGUAAAGAGUGUGACAUAAAGAAAGCACAGCCACAGCCCGUGGCUCAGCAACAGAAGCGAAUGCAACAGCAAACCCAUGGCUACGAAGGCGGUAACGAUAGCGGAACGGGUGGUUACCGAAGAGGUGGUGGUGGAGGCAGUGGCGGCGGCGGUCGACGCAACCAAUCGGAUCAGUACCAGAAUCAGAGCAAUUGGAACGGCUAUAACAGUGCGGUUGCGCCCAACUAUUACGGCAAUUAUUACGGCAAUCAAUAUCCCGCUAACGCCUACGGAUACCCGAACCAGAGCUACGAUUACUACAGUCAAUACGGCUACAGUUACGGCGAUUACUGGAAUUACUACGGCUACGGAGCCCAAGACGGCGCCACCGGUGACUACUCGCAGACAGCGGUGGCCGACACAACAGCCACUGCCGUCGGUUACACCGCAUCGCAGCCCACAUCGCAGUCUUCAACGCACUCACAUUCGCACCACAGCGCCGGCUCC